CGAAUCCAUGCGUAUCAGCAAUCUGCGCCAUGGCCUGAUCCAACCACGCAAUAUCAGACUCCAACUCCAGAUUUCUCCGUGCCACGUUUAACGGAAAAAUGAGCAUCAGCGCCCCCACACUCCCCUGGAGACAGUCAAGAUGGUAAUCCACCGUCCGGAGGAUCUCCAUCGCAAUGGCCUGUUUUGUCCCUUCCCUGGGGAGUAGAGGGUCAUUGAUGCUUUCCUUCGAUGUGGGGUCGGGAUGGCAAUGAAGAAACUCGCACAUCCUCAGAAUUAACAACAGAAUCGAGUUAUAAAGACACAGUUCCUGUGCGCGGGAGAAAUCAUAAAACCAGAGGAUAGUUUCGAAUGGGCGGGGGGUCGAUGUAGAUGUAGACUCUUCCAUAUUGGCACCUGCAGAAACAAUAUAGGAAGCAUCAGGGAAUAUAUGCUGCCAUUUCCAGCGCCAGGUAUACAGCUCGUCUAGCAUUGCUAGAGCCUUCUGACACAGUCCAGGUCUCGCCGUUUCAUCCCCUCCUAUCAGGAAGGAAUCAACAGCCUCCAACAGGCCGGGAGCGUCGCACAUGAUAUCAUGCAGACAAUCCGUCAACGUCUUGGAUUCUGGCUUGUCCGCCCACGGAAUCGUCUUCCAUUGUGGCUCUUCCAGAAAACAUCGCUUGCGAUUCGCAAUAUACCCUAUAGCCUACCUCCUAGUCAGCCAGCCAAUCCACGUCUACUAUAUCGGAGGAUAACAUACAAUGUUUUGCCUCAAGGUUGGGUACAACGCAAACCCCACCCCCUGCAUAUGUCUCUCGGGCCCGCGGAAGGCAGUCAACUGUGCCAGGCCCGUGUGAUGCUGAAACCAGGCAUUUGGGACGGUGAAUGUAAUAGACUCAUACAUGGCUAGAUAGAUAAUCACCACGAGCAAAUCUUCUCUGAGCACGUAUUCUGGAUGGUAGAGCUGGAGUUGCAAC